GGCCUGUUGAUCAGUUGGACCCUGUCUCGAGGCAGCACUGAUAGAUUCUUCUUCUUUCCAAGAAUCUCCAAGGUCUGCGGUCUGGUUGAAAGAUGUCGGCCCUCACUGCCCUGUUUAAGUACGUUGAUGAGAAUCAGGAUCGCUACGUUAAGAAACUUUCGGAAUGGGUGGCCAUCCAGAGCGUGUCUGCGUGGCCGGAGAAGAGAGGCGAGAUCAGGAGGAUGAUGGAGGUCGCCGCCGCCGACAUCAAGCAGCUGGGGGGCUCCGUGGAGCUGGUGGACAUUGGGAACCAGAAGCUCCCUGAUGGCUCGGAGAUACCACUUCCGCCCAUUUUACUCGGCACACUGGGCUCUGACCCGCAGAAGAAAACGGUGUGCAUUUAUGGACAUCUGGAUGUGCAGCCGGCAGCCCUGGAGGACGGCUGGGACAGCGAGCCCUUCACCUUGGUGGAGCGAGACGGCAAACUGUACGGGAGAGGAGCCACCGAUGAUAAGGGGCCAGUGGCCGGCUGGAUGAACGCCCUGGAAGCCUUCCAGAAAACGUGUCAGGAAGUCCCCGUCAACGUCCGCUUCUGUCUGGAGGGCAUGGAGGAGUCUGGCUCCGAAGGCCUGGACGCACUGAUCUUUGCCCAGAGGGACGCGUUCUUUAAGGAUGUGGACUACGUCUGCAUCUCCGACAACUACUGGCUGGGGAAGAGCAAGCCCUGCAUCACCUACGGGCUCCGGGGCAUCUGCUACUUCUUCAUCGAGGUGGAAUGCAGCAACAGGGACCUGCACUCCGGCGUGUACGGCGGCUCGGUGCACGAGGCCAUGACCGACCUCAUCAUGCUGAUGGGCUGCUUGAUGGACCAGAAGGGGAGGAUCCUCGUCCCCGGCAUCAGCGAGGCAGUGGCCUCCGUGACGGACGAGGAGCUGGAGCUCUACGACAAGAUCGACUUCGACCUGGAGGAGUACGCCCGGGAUGUGGGGACGGAGACCCUGCUGCAUGACUGCAAGAAAGACAUCCUGAUGCACAGGUGGCGGUACCCGUCCCUCUCCCUCCACGGGAUCGAAGGUGCCUUCUCUGGGUCGGGUGCGAAGACUGUGAUUCCUCGCAAGGUGGUCGGCAAGUUCUCCAUCAGGCUUGUGCCAGACAUGACUCCUGACGUGGUCAGCGAGCAGGUUACGAGCUACUUGACCAAGAAGUUUGCUGAACUGCACAGUCCCAACAAGUUCAAGGUGUACCUGGGCCACGGCGGGAAGCCCUGGGUAUCUGACUUCAACCACCCUCAUUACUUGGCUGGGAGAAGAGCCCUGAAGACAGUUUUUGGUGUUGAGCCGGACUUGACCAGGGAAGGCGGCAGUAUUCCUGUGACUUUAACAUUUCAGGAGGCCACGGGGAAGAAUGUCAUGCUGUUGCCCGUUGGGUCAGCAGAUGACGGAGCCCACUCCCAGAAUGAAAAGCUCAACAGGCACAACUACAUUGAAGGCACCAAGAUGCUGGCUGCGUACCUGUACGAAGUGUCCCAGCUGAAGAACUGAGCACCGCCCUCCUCCCAUCACCUCACGCUC